GAAAAUUGUGUCGAUAACUAGUUCCGAACCCGAACUUCUAAAUUAAAUCGCUCAUGUGGCGUUUUGAAUUUGCUCUAGUUUUUUAUUUUCAAGUUCUUAACAUGGCUCUUCGCAAAGUUAAAGGAAAUUUAGAAAGGAUAUUUGAUAAAAAUUUGACAGAUCUUGUAAGAGGAAUUAGAAACAACAAAGAUAACGAAGCCAAAUAUAUUGCACAAUGUAUAGAAGAAAUAAAAGAAGAAUUAAGGCAAGAGAAUAUAUCCGUCAAAUCAAAUGCUGUGGCAAAAUUGACAUACCUCCAAAUGUUGGGAUAUGACAUUAGCUGGGCAGCAUUUAAUGUAAUAGAAGUUAUGAGUUCAACUAAGUUCACAUUUAAAAGAAUAGGAUACUUAGCUGCAUCUCAAAGUUUCCAUGAAGAUACCGAAGUGCUCAUGCUUACUACUAAUAUGAUCAGAAAGGAUCUAAACAGCCAAAAUAUGUAUGAUGCUGGCACAGCUAUGAGUGGAUUUGCUUGUUUUGUGACUGCUGAUCUUGCUCGUGACCUCGCAAAUGAUGUUAUGACACUCCUUUCAUCAACAAAACCAUAUUUACGAAAAAAAGCUGUGUUGUUGAUGUAUAAAAUAUUUUUAAAGUUUCCAGAAGCUUUGCGCCCAGCUUUCCCUCGGCUUAAGGAAAAGCUUGAAGACCCUGAUCCUGGUGUCCAGUCUGCUGCAGUCAAUGUAAUUUGUGAACUAGCAAGAAAAAACCCCAAAAAUUACCUUUCAUUAGCCCCAGUAUUUUUUAAACUCAUGACAAGCUCAACAAAUAACUGGAUGUUAAUAAAAAUUAUCAAACUAUUUGGUGCUCUGACUCCUCUAGAACCUAGACUGGGUAAAAAGUUGAUUGAACCUCUCACUAAUUUAAUUCACAGUACAUCAGCAAUGUCCUUACUAUAUGAAUGCAUAAACACUGUGAUAGCUGUGCUGAUAUCUAUAUCAUCUGGAAUGCCAAAUCAUUCUGCAUCAAUUCAGCUUUGUGUUCAGAAACUUAGGAUUCUUAUUGAAGAUUCUGAUCAAAACUUGAAAUAUUUGGGAUUGCUAGCUAUGUCAAAAAUCUUAAAAACACACCCAAAAAGUGUUCAAGCUCAUAAGGACUUAGUUUUGCAAUGUUUGGAUGAUAAAGAUGAAUCUAUUCGUCUACGAGCUCUUGAUCUUCUUUAUGGCAUGGUAUCAAAAAAGAACUUAAUGGAGAUAGUUAAGAAGCUGAUGGUGCAUAUGGAUAAAGCUGAAGGAACUCAAUACAGAGAUGAACUGCUUUCGAAAAUCAUUGAUAUAUGUUCUCAAAACAAUUAUCAGUAUAUUACAAAUUUUGAAUGGUAUGUUAGCAUAUUAGUUGAACUAACGAGAAUUGAUGGUACCAAGCAUGGAUCUGUAAUUGCUUCUCAAAUGCUGGAUGUUGCUAUCAGAGUUCAAGCAAUUCGCAAUUUUGCUGUUUCACAAAUGGCCAUUCUGUUAAAAAAUGCUCACUUAUUGCAAGGAAGUUCUGACAGAAAUAGUAUUUCUGAAGUUCUUUAUGCUGCAGCUUGGAUUUGUGGUGAAUUUUCAGAAAUGCUUUCAGAUCCUUUUGAUACUCUAGAGGCAAUGAUGGAUCCAAAAGUCAUGUUUCUCCCAUCUCACAUUCAAAGUAUUUUUGUUCAAAAUGCAACAAAAUUGUAUGCUCGUGUAUUAGAGCUAAGCGAAGCAAAUGAUGAUUCAGAAAAGGCUUCUGCAGUAUCCCAUUUGUUAGUGGAGACUAUGCCUAUGUUUGUACAAAGUGCUGAUUUAGAAGUACAGGAAAGAGCAUGCUGUAUCCUACAUUUAGCUAAACAAAUACAGAAGCUUCAAUCAAAAGGUGAGAAAGUUGCUUCUGAGCUUCUUUCAUUGUUUGUUGGUGAAUUAAAUCCAGUAGCACCUAAAGCACAGAAAAAAGUGCCAAUUCCUGAAGGAUUAGACCUAGAUGCAUGGAUAAAUGAUCCACCUUCCGAUUCAUCCUCUGAAGAGGAAUGUGAUGGAGAUAUAUUUAUUAAAACAGAACACAAAAUGGUUAUGCAACAAGCUGCUUCAAAACGUUAUGAACCAUCGGAAGAAGAACUUGAAAAACGCCGCGAAGCUAGAAAAUUUGAACAGGCUAGUAACCCCCAUUACUUAAAAGCAAAUGAGAAAAAUGCAGAUUUGAAUUCUGUUAAUGAUAUACCUGUUGCUCAUAUUGAUUUAUCAGUUCCACUUCACAUACCAGGCCUUAUUUCUUCUGAAAAAUAUUUAAGUAUUGAUAAUGGUAUUUCAACUAAAAAACACAGGAAAGUUAAAAGGAAAAAGAAAAAUAAGAAACAGAAAGCACCUACCGAAAGUGAAGAAGAUAUUUCUCCAUUACAUGUUGUAAACAUCAUUGAGGGAGAAAUGCCAGAUGGUGCUAGAACAAGUGGUGAUGAAGAUGAUCGUAAUGUUGACGAUCCACAUCGGGCUCUUGAUAUAGACCUGGAAGAACCUCUUAACAAUCUAGACAUAAAUUCAGCAGUACCUGAUGCAGGUACAUUAAAUAAUUGGGACGAAAAGGAUCAUAUUGCAUAUAAAAAACACAAAACAAAGAAAACAAGCAAGAAAGAGAAAAGUAAAAGAAGUAAAGAUUCUGAGGGCCAUGUGAACAGGAGGCCUAAAAAAGAAAAAAAGAAAAGAGAUCGAGAACGAGAGAGAGUGCAAAAUAUUGACGAUUUGCCUAAAGAUAAAGCAGAAUAUGAAGAGGCUCCUGGAAUUGCUACACCAUCAAAAGAACCAGGCUACACUUUCCCACAGACUCCUAUGACACCUUCAAUGUCUUUAGUACCAAGCUAUAAACUACUAGGAGAAGACAAAAGUAUUCGUGCAACCUAUGAAAUUAGAGCACUGCCAGACAGUACUAAUCAAGUAUUAGUGUCUUUUCUUUUUCAAAACAUAAGUCAGAAUGUUCUAAAAGAAUUGGAAUUAAGCAUCAUUGAAACUUCUAACAUUGGAAUGUUAAAGCAGACUGGGUGUGAAUCAGAUGACAGCUUUAUAAAGCUACCGUUUCAGCUUCAACCUACUGCUGUGAAUGAAAUUCAGAUUGUGUUGACUGUAGCUAAUAUAGCAAUUUUUCAAACAUUAAGAGGAACUCUUACUUAUAUGAUGGUGAUUGGUUCAUCAUCAACACAUGAAAAGCUUGAUUUUAAGCUUAAUGUAGCUGUUUCAUCUUAUAUGGUUGGAUCUAUGCACAAGAGGGAUACAUUUACGGACUUGCUAAGUAGUAAUGAUCUAUCUGCAACAGAUUCAACUACAAUAGAAACUUCAGAUCCAGACUUUUUACAUAUUCUUGCAAAAAUAUGUUUCCAUUGUCAUUUCUCAGUAAUGGAACAACUUGGAACCAGUGCCUCUUUAUAUAGUCGCUCCAUCCAAGAUGAUCACGUCUGUCUUCUAGUCAAAGUCAUGAACCAAAAUCAUAUUGUAAUAGAAGCAAAAGGAUCAAAUCCAUCAUUGAUUUCAAGUUUAUUAGAAGAAAUUAAAAGUCUUUUUUCUACAGAAAACGGACUAACUUGAUUUCAUUAAGUGAUUGGUCAAUGAAAGAAUAUGGAAUGCUCUGGACUACUGAGAGAUAAAACUGUAUAAAAUACUCUGUAAUCAUGUUUUUUACUCUGCUUGUUUUUUAAAGGUAUGACUUAUCAAUUCUCAGAAACAACAUUCCAUUUAAUUAAUUGAAUGUCUCAAAGAAAAUUAUUUUAUAUUUUAAAUGUUAUCAUUUUCAAAUUUCUAUUUAUAUUAAAAGUCAAGAAUUUUUAAAUAUUACUUGUAAAAUCUAUUUUAUAAUAUGAAUAAAAAGUACUGUAAAGUGCCAUUUUUUUAUAUAUGUAAUUGAACUGUACCUAAAAUACUCAACUUAUUCGGUAUCAAUUUUGUGUCUCAUAUCUUAUAACAGCUGUGCUUAGUAAAACAUUUAUUCUUGUUAUGAAAAAUUCAUUGUAAAUAAA